AGGUUCCAACCACAUCCCCAAUUUCCAAAAAUCGUUAAUCGAAACACCCUUCUCCUUAUAAGAUCGAUCGUUGACUCGCUUUCCCCAAAUUUCGAAACGCCCCCACAUCUAGGGUUUUCUUCUACCUGCAAUCCCCCACCCCCUCAACCCCCUGAUAUUGGCAAUGGUGAAGGGGAAGCUUAUACUAAUCUGCCAGUCUGGUGGAGAAUUCGUAACCAAGGAUGAUGGAUCAUUGUCAUAUGAUGGAGGGGAGGCAAAUGCCAUAACCAUUAAUCCAGAAACAGCUUUUGAUGACCUGAUGCUAAAAUUAGCGGAACUUUUGAACUUUGAUCACAAAUCUUUGUCCGUCAAGUAUUUUCUUCCAGGAAAUAGGCGAACACUCAUCACUUUAUCAAAUGACAGAGAUUUAAAGAGGAUGUAUGAUUUUCAUGAGGAGGCAGUGACUGCAGAUGUUUUUGUCACAGGGAAAGCAGGUUUUCAGCGUGAAGUUUUAACCUCUCCUGUUGGCAGGGGAAAAGGUGUAAAACUGGCUGAAACAGUGCCUCCUCAUACAGGAUCACAAGCUGCUGCAACUACUAAGGCCCCUGCGUCAAGAUCUGCAGCCUUUACUGACUCUGGUGAACCUAGUGAUGCUAAUCUUUCUCCAGGUAGUCCUGCCAGCAGUCCAAUUAGAUUUGAUAUCAGUUCUACCCCUGCUGAUACUGUUAAGAAGCGAAGGCGUGCUGCCUCCCACAAAAAGGCUGCAGGCUCUGAAAAUAUUGGGAAGAGAAGAAAAAGUGUAUCUAGGAAAAAGUAUGUUCGGAAACGUGGUGGCUCUGCAGUAGAUGAUGACAUGGAUCAGCAACAGAAUGAUGAUUCUCUUGCUGAUGUUCCUAUAUUUCCUUCUACUGUUGCUAACUCUAAUUUAUCACCUGAAGAUACGGUGGCAAUAUGGAAAGAUGGUAUAAUUGGUGAAGGUCAGGAAUUCAGUAGUGUGCAUGAAUUUCGUGAUGCAUUGCAUAAAUAUGCCAUUGCAAAUCGUUUCAAGUAUAGAUUAAAGAAGAAUGAGAAAAGUCGUGCUAGUGGAACAUGUUCUGUUGAAGGUUGUUCGUGGAAGAUUUAUGCAGCUUGGGUCCCUUCUGAAGAAGUGUUCAAGAUAAAAAAGAUGAAUAAAACACAUACAUGUGGAGAAUCUAGAAAGGCUGCUCAACCAACCAGGAGUUGGUUGGUGAGUAUUAUAAAGGACAAGUUACGAGAGAACCCACAUAGCAAAGCAAAGCAUAUUACUGAGAGCAUUCGUCGAGAAUUUGGGAUUGAACUAAAAUGUACCCAAGUAUGGCGUGGAGUAUUAGAUGCUAGAGAGCGGCUUCUGGGUUCGUACAAAGAGGCAUAUAAUCAGUUGCCUUGGUUUCGUGAUAAGCUUUUGGAAGCAAACCCAGGUAGUUUUGUGGAGCUUUCCACUGGUGAUGACAAAAGAUUUCAGAAACUCUUUGUAUCCUUUGAAGCCUCAAUACAUGGUUUUCAAAAUGGUUGUCGCCCACUUCUUUUCCUGGACUCUACACCUUUAAAAUCAAAACAUCGUGAGAUCUUGUUGACUGCCACUUCAGUUGAUGGGAAUGAUGGCGCUUUUCCAGUUGCAUUUGCUAUAGUUGAUAUUGAGACUGAUGAGAAGUGGCAUUGGUUUCUGGAGCAGUUGAGAUCUGCAGUGUCAACUUCACAAUCCAUAACCUUUGUCAGUGAUAGACAGAAGGAGUUAAUGAAAUCUGUGCUUAAUGUAUUUGAGAAUGCACACCAUGGUUAUUCUAUUAUCCGCCUUUUAGAUGAGUUCAUGAUAAGUUUGAAGGGCCCCUUUCAUGGACCGGGGAAAAGUACUCUGCCAGUCAAUUUUUUGGCUGCUGCCCAAGCAGCCAGACUUGAUGUUUUCAGGAAUUCCUUGGAGCAAAUUAAACGUGUUUCUUCUGGUGCUUAUGAGUGGCUCAUUCAAAUUGAACCAGAGUACUGGACGAAUGCAGUUUUCAAGGGUGAGAGCUAUCAUCAAAUUACAUAUGAUGUCGCAGAGUUAUAUGUUAACUGCAUAGAGGAAGCGCGAGAACAGCCCCUCAUAAGGAAAUUAGAGUCAAUUCUGGGUAAGAUGAUGGAGUUGAUGAAUAAUCGUCUACUUGAAUCAAGCAGGUGGUCUACUAAACUUACUCCUUUAAAAGAGGAAAAACUGAAGGAAGAAACUUACAGAGCACGCUUAUUAAGAGUAUUGUUCUCAUCCGAAACCUUAUUUGAGGUCCACAAUGACUCCACAAAUGUUGUUGAUACAAAUAAACAUAGCUGCAGUUGUCAGGAGUGGAAAGUGACGGGGCUCCCUUGCCGCCAUGCUAUUGCUGUUUUCAAUGUCACAAAAAGGGAUGUGUAUGAUUAUUGUUCAAGAUACCUCAACGUUGAUAUGUAUCAUAUUGCUUACUCCAAGUCGAUAAACCCUGUUGCAGGCCUGGUGAACCCUCCGGCAGAUGGAAAAUCUAAGUCAAAAGCUAACUUGGAGGAUUCCGACGUACUUCCUCCGGCAACAAAAUCUUCAAACCAACAUAAGAGGAAGCGAAACAGAGAUGGAUUGAUAGAAAGAACUGUGACUUGCACCAAGUGCCUGGGAGUGGGGCAUAAUAAAGUUUCAUGCAAGGUGGUUAAUUUAGAGCUUCUACAGUCCUAACUUUUCUUAUGUAUUAAAAUAAUAAUGUAUAUUUGUGGUAGGAUUGCUCUCAUAUCAUGUUUAUGUGGUUGGCCAUGCCUGAACUUAUUUGUGUGUUGAACCUUUGGCUCUGUAUUUAUGUUUUUUACACCAGACCAGCUAGACUUUCUCAAAGCUAUGUUUCAAUUUAUUUUCUGUUCA